GGGCCAUUCGAGUAGCAUCGCAGCUGGGCCAUGCCACAAAGAGCUCACCGAUCAGUUCUCCAUCGCUCCCAUCCUGCAAAACUGAAACAUGGCAAUGGAGCUGGCGGCAGCGGCCUCGCCGGCGCUUGAAGCUCCCUUGCCCUCCUCCUCGACUGUCCUCCAAGUGUUACUGCUCAUGGUGAUGCUCGUGUACCUCGUCCAAACCCUCAUGGCGCGGCGGAAGAGCACGUGCACCGCGCCGCUCCCGCCAGGGCCGACGCCAUGGCCCGUUGUCGGCAACCUGCCGGAGAUGCUGCUCAGCGACAAACCGGCGUUCAGGUGGAUCCACCUCAUUAUGAUCAAAAUGGGCACCGACAUCGCCUGCGUCAAGCUAGGCGGCGUCCACGUGAUCCCGAUCACCUGCCCCAUGAUCGCACGCGAGGUGCUCAAGAAGCAGGACGCCAACUUCGCCUGCCGGCCGCUGAGCUUGGCCUCCAAGACAUUCAGCAGAGGCUACAUGGACGCCGUGAUGUCCCCCUACGGCGACCAGUGGAGGAAGAUGCGCCGCGUGCUAGCCUCCGAGGUCGUUUGUCCUUCCCGCCACAGGUGGCUCCACGACAAGCGCGCCGCCGAGGCCGAUAACCUCACCCGCUUCGUCUACAACCUCGCCGGCGGAGCGGGGUCCGGCGGCGCCGCCGUCGACGUCAGGCACGUCGCGCGCCACUAUUGUGGGAACGUCGUCCGCCGCCUCGUCUUCAAUAGGCGCUACUUCGGCGAGCCGCGGCCCGACGGCGGCCAAGGCCCGCUGGAGGUGCAGCACGUGGAUGCGGUGUUCACCUCCCUGGGGCUCCUCUACUCCUUCUCCGUCUCCGACUACCUCCCCUGGCUGCUGGGCCUCGACCUCGACGGCCACGAGAAGAUGGUCAGGGAGGCCCAGGAGACGGUGAGCAGGCUGCACGACACGUUCAUCAACGAGCGGUGGCGGCAGUGGAAGAGCGGCGAGAGGCAGGAGCUCGAGGACCUCCUCGACGUGCUCAUCACGCUCAAGGAUGCCGAGGGCAAACGAUCCGUGCUCACCGUCGAUGAGGUCAGAGCUCAGUUGCAGGACAUCACGUUCGCGGCCAUGGACAACCCAUCGAACGCGGUGGAGUGGGCGAUGGCCGAGAUGGUGAACGCUCCGGAGACGAUGAGGAAGGCGGUGGCGGAGCUCGAUGCCGUCGUCGGCCGGGACCGACUGGUGCAGGAGUCCGACAUACCGCGGCUCAACUACCUCAAGGCCUGCAUCCGCGAAGCGUUCCGCCUGCACCCCGUGGCGCCGUUCAACGUCCCCCAUGUCGCGCUCGCCGACGCCACCGUCGCCGGCUACCACGUCCCCAAGGGCAGCCACGUCAUCCUCAGUCGAAUCGGCCUCGGCCGCAAUCCUGCCGUCUGGGACGAUCCGCUCCGGUUCGACCCUGACCGACACCUCGACGCCAAUCCCGAGGCGGAUGUCACGCUCGCCGAGAACGACCUGCGGUUCAUCUCUUUCAGCACCGGUCGCCGCGGCUGCAUUGCCGCUUCACUCGGCACCGCCAUGAGUGUCAUGCUCUUUGGCAGGCUCUUGCAGGGGUUCGCCUGGAGCAAGCCGGCCGGGAUGGCGGCCAUCGACCUCAGCGAGUCAAGGCACGACAUGUUCAUGGCCAAGCCGCUGGUGCUGAACGCCGAGCCACGGCUGCCGGCGAACCUCUACUCGGCUAUCUCUCCGUAAUUCGUCCCUAGUUGCGGUUCAACAUGUGGAAAAUUACGCAUCAUAAAUUUUUUGUUACGGAUAAAGCCAAAUCAACGAUAGGGUUAGUCCAUGUUUAGACUUAGAUAUAAAGUAUUUUUUGAGAUUAUUAGAUGAACAAUACGAUUUUGUAAAAUACGUUGGUUUUAGAAAGCUAAGAAGUGUCUAGAUGCCA